AUGGCCAAGGGGAAGCGAAGGAAAGAGCGCAUUCGCGCGAUGAAGCUCGCGGCGCGCGGCGCGGACGUGCGCAUGGACGGCGACGCGGGGACGACGGCGCGCGGCGGCGGCGGUGGGACGGCGACGACGACGACGACGACGACGACGACGACGACGACGGGCGUCGCGACGACGACGACGACGGCGGACGACGCGACGACGACGGCGCGCUCGGCGCCCGUCGGGCGGAAACGCGCGCCGACGGUGCGCAGGGCGAUCGCGAAGCGCAAGAGAGCCGCCCUGGACAAGGCGCUGUCGCACGUCGAGCGACGAGGCGUCAAGGCGGAUAGGAAGAAACUCAAGCGCGGGCAUCGCGUCGCGGCGAGGGACGUGUACUGA